AUGAAGUUCACCGCUCUUCUUGCGCUGCUCAUCGGCGCCUUCGCCCAGCUUUCCUCGGCAUCCUUAGUAACUGCCAGCUUUGAGCUUCUCUUCGCAGAGACCUACACGGUCGACACCUGGAAGGCCGAUAUCGCCUCAGCUAAAGCGGCAGGAAUUGACGGAUUCACUCUGGUUGCCGUUCCGCCUAACUGCCAAACUCGGGACCUCAGCUGGCAGACGGCCAAGAUUAAGGAUGCCUACACGGCUGCAGCCACUCUCAAUUUCACGCUCAUUCCCGCCUUCGACAUGAGCUACCAUUUCCGCACCGACAACUGCCCUACCGGAAAUGCCUGGAACAUGACCUACCAAUCCACCCUCAUCUCGGACGCCAGCAAGCAGUCGCCUACCUACCAUUGGAACGACGCUGUCCUGGUAACCACGCACGGUGGUAGCUUGUAUGGCGAUGACUACUUCUCUCAAAUGAAAUCACUUCUCGAACGCCAAGGCAUUAACGUCAGCAUUGCUCCUUACAUUGAGACGUAUGUUGAAGCAGCCCAUGAGCACGGUGAUCCCGAGAAGCAGGCUCAGUACGCCUAUUCUGAUUACCCAUCCAUUGAUGGCUUCUACAAUGCUAUGGCCUGGCCCCUGAACGUUCGCGAGAAUCUCACCUGUGAUGUCGACAUUGCAUUGAAGGAUGGCCUGAAGAAUGCGGGGAGGAAAGGCCCUUACAUCACCGCUGUGUCACCUUGGUACUACAAGAACCUCAACACCAACAGCCCUGCCGACAGUCUCGUUCAGUACAGUGACACUCUCUGGUACGACCGUUGGCGGAGCGUCAUUGCCAACGCUAAGCCUGACAUCAUCAACAUCGAGAGCUGGAACAGCUGGGACAGCUCUACCUACCUGCGCGAUGUGCCAGAGCAGAACGGUAUUGCCCCUGGCUGUGUCGACCUUGGUGACCCCGGAAACUAUGUCUACGGGAUGAACCACACGUCCUGGCAAACCAUGGGAAAGCACUACGCACAGUACUACAAGUCCGGAACUGAGCCUGAGAUCAAGGACAACAGUCUCAUUUACUGGUACCGAGUGCACCGUAAGGAUGCUGAGUGCCGAGGAGGUCAGGCGUCGGCGACAGGAUGCGUGCAGAACUCUAAAUUCCCCGAUGACUCGGUUUUCAUUUGGGCGGCGGUCCGCGCUCAUGUCGAGAUCGAGGUGUUCUUCGGAAACUCGCCGAAGUCUCAAGACAUGCGUCCUGGCUCGCCCAAGGUGACUUUCAGCACAGUCAAUCAGACCGGCCCUCAGCUUCUCGAGCUGCCAUUCCCUGACGACUUCCCCUUGAACGACACCGAUGUCCUCUACCCACAUGUCAUGGUCUAUGGUGCCAGCGUUCACCGCAUCGCUUACUCCAAGUAUGACAGCGUGCCUAUCACGGCAGAUUGUGCGUGGACGAACUUCAAUCCGGUGGUCCAAAGUCUCGGACCGGAUUUCAAUCAGAUCAUCGGUUAG